CUCUUUAAAUCUCACACAUCACACUGUUUAAUUAGAAGGAGCACACGUAGCAGACAGUUUGUUAUUGAGGCGGUUCUCCAGCCUGCUGGAUCAGAUACAUUGGCUUUGGAUGUAUUUUGUUUACCCAAGAGAAGACGUCCCAUGUGAGCUGGAGUCACUUGGCUGCAUUUAGCAGCUUCCUGUUUGACUCGAUGAUCUGCUGAUGGAACCCCCUUCGUAUGAGGAGUCCCGUCUCCACCCUCCUGCUCUGAGCACAGCUGCAUUCAACGUCACCCCUCCCCCCUCCUACAACGCCUCCCACUAUUACCCCCCAACACCUCCUCCCACUUAUGGAGAAGCAGUUACAAUCCAGCCAGAUCCUUUUCCUGUCCUGACACUGCCAAAUCCUAGGAGGACAAGAAACACUGGAGUCAUAACCCACCCAGUUACACAAAUUGGUGUAACACAGUCUGUCGGCGGGAGACGUUCUCAGCCCGUCGUCGUGACGACCCAGCCGCUUCCUGUUCCCAUCUCAGUGACACAUCUGGGAGACGUGCCUGGUGUGGUGCGCUGCCCUCACUGCCACCACGUCGUCACCACUAAAGUCUCCUACCUGCCUGGGAGCACCGCAUGGUGCAUGUGUUUCCUUUUCACCAUGAUGGGGUUAAUCUGUGGCUGCUGUCUGAUUCCAUUAACUAUAAAAAGCCUACAAGAUGCACAUCAUUCCUGCCCACAGUGUGGAAACGAGCUGCACACGUACACAAGAUGACACUGUCAGGAUUAGUAAGGCACCUCUGUUAAUACCACUCAUAGAAUAUUUAUCCCACAACACGGAUAAAUAAUAUUCGUCUAGGAAUAAAAACACCUCCCGACCUACGCAGGGGAGAAAGAGUAGAUUUGGGAGCAGAAUAGACUCUUACGUCCCUGCCUUAUCAUCACAUAUGAGGUUUAAAAGGUAUAUACAUAACUAAAUGAAGAUAGGGAUGGACCGACGAGUGGCUUUGCUGUUUGAGAAGUUUCUAUAGACUUUUUCAUUAAAAAUGUUUGGCUAUGAAACUUUGACACAGUUUGAAUCUACAGAAAUUCAAACUCACCACUGCUUUUCUCUAUAAAGGACCAUAUUGCCAUAUUCAAACCCUCAGGAGGUCAGUAUUUACGGAAGCACUGAGAGGCAAGUGAGAACAAUAAUUCCGUUGAUAUAUUUUUUUGUGUCACAAGAGGCAUCACUACCCGAUAUUGUAAAUGGGAUUAUUUAUUUAUUUUGUCUAAACUCAUUGUACAUCUAUUAAGUGUUGACAUGGAACCUUUUACUAUGAAAACAUCACCUAGAGAAAUUAUCCUGGUGACAUUUUAAAUACAAAGUUUUUUCUCCUGGCAAACUUUUGAUGCAGGAAGAAAUGGAACAGAGAAAGAUCAUCCCGGCAAAGCCUUUCCACUUACGUCAUAAACACAAGGGAGAAAUUAUUUUAGCCCAAACUUUAAAACGAAUCACCAGAUUUGUUUCCCUCUCUUGCCUCUCAGGGCUCCCAUAAUCAUUACUUUGUACCAAAAUGUUUAAUUUUCAGUUUCUAAUAUUGUCCUACUUUGAGAUAUAUAUAUUGUUUUUUUUGAGGGCACAGCACACAAGAAUUUAUUGUACGUAAAAAGUAGACAAGAACCCUUGUAAGAAUGUAUUUAUGUUUUUAAUUUGACCAUUUUAACGUGUUUAGAAGUUUACAACAUUACAGAGUGCAGACAAAAGACUUAAUAAAGAUAUUAAAGAUAUUAAUGAUGACAAAGAGGACGUCAGGUACAUCAACCAUUUUUAUAUUUUAUUUUAACAUGUUUGAUAAAUGUAUUUCCUUCAUUUAAAUACCAAAAUAACUACAUAUUUGUUAUAUGAGUUUGUUAAAUGUAAAUAUAGCUUAAAUUAAUGUUUACUUUAGAGAUGAAGGAGAUGGCUUGUCCUGACUUGAACGCCAUGAUUUGUUUUUUAAAGCAAACAAAGCAUAUUAGAAAACACAAAUGUACUUAAAAUGCUACAAUAUUGUACUGCUUAAUUGUUCUUCUAAAGGUCCUGCACAUCUGAGAUAAACCCACACAGACGAUUGCCUUCAACAUUUAAGGCAGUAAAAACUCAAAAGUAUAAAGCUUUAUUCUUCUUAUUAGGACAGGGAAUGAGUGAACACUCUGUGUGCAGGGCCUUUAAUCUUUUGUCAAACAUUAACACAGGACUGCAAACUGCUGCAACUCAAAGUAAUGACAGAACUUUUAAUACACAAGACAAUAUCAAAGAAUACUUUUUGGCUACACUAAAAAAAAAUGUUUACACCAUUACAAGUUUACUCAUAAAGACAGGUUCCUAAUUUGUAUUAUUAGAAGCUGAGAAACACAAAAGCUUUUCAGUCGUGUACUUACCUUUCGACAGAGCCUAGCUAGCUGUUUUCUGUCUUGAAGAUUGGAAAACCAUCUCCUAAAGGCUGCCUCGUCUUAGUUUAUCAGUCAACCAAUUUGUCCUUCGGUUAUAUUUGACUGAUAUUUCAUAGGUUGAUUCGUUUUUUGAUCCUGAAUGUGACUUAUUUCGAAGAAACAUAUAAGCAUAUGUCUGGUACACAAAAGAUUUACGUUGUGCUUUUGGACGAUUCUUUGUGGAGAAUCUCAGUUUUACAGAUCUGUCGAUUAAAUUGCCACAUCGAUUUGUCAGAAGAGUCGUACAAUUUAUACUUUCAUUUUUGUGCACUAUGUUCUCUGAGCUAUGUCUUUACCAGACAAAAACUAAUGAGAGUUAGCUGUCAAUUUCCCCAUGAAAUCCUCUGCAAGAAAGUGAAUCAUGGAGUCAUUUGUGGUACUGUGAACUAUGACUCAUAAAGACUUGAUGUACAAUCAUAUCGACUUGAUGUGAAUACCAGGUGCAGAAAACAAGUUGUCGAUUGUGGUUGAAGGAUACAGUUGCAAGAAAAAGUAUGUGAACCCUUUGAAAUUACCUGGAUUUCUGCAUAAAUUGGUCAUAAAAUGUGUUCUGAUCUUCAUCUAAGUCACAACAAUAGACAAACACAGUCUGCUUAAAUUAAUACCACACAAACAAUUAUAUGUUUUCAUGUUUUAAAAAAACAAACAUUGCUGCACGUUUGAAGUUUGCAAAAGAGCACCUGGGUGCUGGCAAAAUAUUCUGUGGACAGAUGAAACCAAAGUUGAGUUGUUUGGAAGGAACACACAACGCUAUGUGUGGAGAAUCCAAAGGGUUCACAUACUUUUUCUUGCAACUGUAUGUGUGCUGCCUCUGCUGUUGAAUCUAUGCACUCUAAUGCAGGACUGAUCAACACACCUGCUUUACCUCUUGUAAUGAUGUGUCAUGCUCAGCAACCCUGACAACUUUUUUUUAAAUAUUGUUAUUUUAUUACGUAUGAUCCUAUCAUGUUGAUAAGGAAAUAAAAAAUGGUCUCAGUUACUACUCCAAAGCUG